UUUCACUUCAUGUUUUAGAUGCUACAGACCGCCUAAGCAGAAAUCCCAGGCUCUGGCCCUGGGCAGCUGCCCUCCUCUGAGUGCUGCCAUGAACCACUUUCAGACCAUCUUGACUCAGGUCCGGAUGCUACUCUCCAGCCAUCAGCCAAGCCAGGUGCAGGCCCUUCUAGACAACAUGCUACAUGAAGAGCUUCUCUCCAGGGAGUACCACUGCGCCCUGCUCCACGAGCCUGAUGCAGAGGCACUGGCCAGGAAGAUCUCCUUGACCCUGCUGCAGAAAGGAGACCCAGACUUGGCCCUCUUGGGAUGGGCCUGGAGUGGGCUACAGUGUCCUAUGGUUGAAAAGGAUCCUAGCUACCAGGACCAUGGUGGCAGUGGACAUUGUGAAGCCAUGGAUUUUGGGCCUCUGGAAGGCGGGUACCUGGAGCUUCUUAACAGCAAUGCUGACCCUUUCCAGCUCUACCACCUCUAUGACCAGAUGGAACUGGCUGGAGAAGAGAUGGAGCUCUGCUCAGAACCUGACAUGGACACCAUCAACUGUGAACAGUUCAGCAGGAUGUUGUGUGACAUAGAAGGUGACGAAGAGACCAGGGAGGCUUAUGCCAAUAUCGCGGAACUGGACCAGUAUGUGUUCCAGGACUCGCAGUUUGAGGGCCCGAGCAAAGACGUUUUCAUUGAGCACAUAGGAUUGGAAGACAUAAUCAGUGAGAGUGUGGAGAUGCUGGAAGAAGCAGGACAAAAAAGUCAGAAAAGACCCUUCCCAGAGGAACUGCCUGGAGACCUGAAGCACAUGAAGCUCGCCGAGCCCCUAAAAGUGCCCAUGGUGACUGGCACUUUCCUAGUGGGUCCAGCAAGCAACUCGUCAGCUCUGCCCUGCCCAUCACCACCUGCUCUGUUCAACAAGGAAACAGCAUCUGGACAGACCCAGCUAGAGGAAACAGUCCUGACUCCUGUGCCUGCCUCCAGUUCCUUGUUGAGUUGUCUGAGCCUCCCUGCUGGACCCAUCCACAUCAUCCCCACUCUCCCUCUGCCCCAGGGGCUCUGGCAAAUCUCAGGAUCUGGGACAGAGGUGUCCAAUAUACUCAUCUACCAAGGCAAGAUGCCCCAGGCCAGCCAAGCACCCCCUUCCAGCAGCCCAGUUCUCCACAGCCUCCCGAAGUCCCCAGACCGGCUUGGCUCUACCAGCCCCUUUGCCCCAUCUGCAACUGACCUUCCCAACAUGCCAGAACCAGCCCUGACCUCCCGUGCAAAUGUAACAGAGAAUGAAACGUCCCCCACCCAAUGCCCUGCAGCUCUCGAGGUCUCCAGCAAGCUUCCAAAAUGGCCUGAGAGUGUGGAGCAGUUUUGCCGCUCACUUCGGGACAAGUACCAGGCCGAGCCUGCAGGCCCGGAAGGCAUCCUGGUGGAGGUGGACCUGAUGAGGGUACAGCUGGAAAAGAGCAGCAGCAAGAGCCAAGAGAGGGAACUAGUCACCCUGGACUGGGCAGAGCGGCAGCCAGCCUGCAGGGGUCUGGCUGAGGUACUGCUUGCUGCUACUGACCGUCGGCAGCUGCGUGAGACACAGGUGAUUGCUGUGCUUGGCAGGGCAGGACAGGGGAAGAGCCACUGGGCCCGGGCAGUGAGCCGGACCUGGGCUUGUGGCCAGCUGCCACAGUAUGACUUCGUCUUCUACUUGCCCUGCCACUGUUUGGACCGUUCAGGGGACACCUACCGCCUGCAAGAUCUACUCUUCUCCCUGGGCCCGCAGCCACUACCAGUGGACAAUGAGGUCUUUGGUCACAUCUUGAGGAGGCCUGACCGUGUACUGCUUAUCCUGGAUGCCUUUGAGGAGCUCGAAGCCCAGGACAGCCUCCUGCAUAGCACGUGUGGAGCCACAUUGGCGGAGCCUCGCUCCCUUCGGGGGCUUCUAGCAGGACUCCUCCAGCGCAAGCUGCUCCGAGGCUGCACCCUGCUACUCACAGUCCGGUCUCGGGGCCGCCUGGCUCUGAGUCUGAGCAAAGCUGACGCCCUGUUUGAGAUGGCCAGCUUCUCAGCUGAGCAGGCUGAGACCUAUGUGCUGCGCUACUUUGAACAGUUGGGGGCCACUCACCACCAAGAGAGAGCCCUGGUGCUCCUCCAGGGCCAGCCGUUUCUCCACAGUCAUAGCCACAGUCCCACUGUGUGCAGGGCUGUGUGCCAGCUCUCAGAGGCCCUCCUGGAGCUGGGAGAGGAGGCCGAGCUGCCCUCCACACUUACGGGACUCUAUGUUGGCCUCCUGAGCCCGGCUGUCCGUGACAGCCCCCCAGGGGCCCUGGAGGCACUGGCCAGGUUGGCCUGGGAGCAGGGCCGCAGACACCACAGUACCCUGAAGGAGGGCCAGCUCCCAUCGGCGGAGGUGAAGGCCUGGGCUGUGGCCAAAGGCUUGGUGCAGUGCGCCCCUGGAGCCCCAGAGACUGAGCUGGCCUUCUCCAGCUUCCUCCUGCAGUGCUUUCUUGGAGCCUUGUGGCUGGCCCUGAGCACUGAGAUCAAGGACAAGGAGCUGCCACAGUAUUUGGCAUUAACCCCAAGGAAGAAGAAGCCCUAUGACAAUUGGCUGGAUGGUGUGCCACGCUUUCUGGUCGGGCUGGUCUUCCAGCCUCGCACCUGCUGCCUGGGAACCCUGACAAGGUCAGUGGCGGCCACUGUGGUGAAUAGAAAGCAGAAGGUGCUCACCAGGUACUUGAAGCGGCUGCAGCCAGGGUUGCUGCAGUCAGGGCGGCUUUUGGAGCUCCUGCACUGCGCCCAUGAAGCACUGGACACUGGCCUUUGGCAGCAUGUGGUGCAGGGUCUCCCAACGCACCUGUCCUUCCUGGGUACCCGGCUUAUGCCUCCAGACAUCCACGUACUGGCCAGCACCUUGGAAACAGCGGGCCGUGACUUUUCCCUGGACCUCCGCAGUACUGGCAUUGAUCCCUCUGGACUCAGGAGCCUUGUAGGACUCAGCUGUGUCAUCCGUUUCAGGGCCGCCUUGAGUGACACGGUGGGACUAUGGGAGUCCCUACAACAGCAAGGAGAAGACAAGCUACUCCAGGCAGUGGAAGAGAAGUUUACUAUCGAGCCUUUCAAAGCCAAGUCCAUGAAGGAUGUGGAAGACCUGGGCAACCUUGUGCAGAUCCAGAGGACAAAAAGCUCCUCAGAAGACACAGCUGGGGAACUCCCUGCCAUCCGGGACCUAAAGAAGCUAGAGUUUGCGCUGGGCCCUGUCUUGGGCCCCCAGGCUUUCCCCAAGCUGGUGAGGAUUCUUGAGGCCUUUUCCUCCCUUCAGCAUCUGGACCUGGACUCGCUGAGUGAGAACAAGAUCGGGGAUGAGGGUGUUGCACAGCUCUCAGCCACUUUCCCUCAGCUGAAGGCCCUGGAGACGCUCAACUUGUCCCAGAACAGCAUCACCGACGUGGGUGCCUGCAAGCUUGCUGAGGCCCUGCCCUCACUGGCUGCAUCCCUCCUCAGGCUGAGUUUGUACAAUAACUGCAUCGGUGACGUGGGAGCCAAGAGCCUGGCACACGUGCUUCCAGACAUGGUGUCCCUGCGGGUGCUGGAUGUCCAGUACAACAAGUUCACAGCCGCCGGCGCCCAGCAGCUCACUGCCAGCCUGAGAAAGUGCCCUCACGUGGAGACACUGGCGAUGUGGACACCCACCAUCCCUUUUGGAGUCCAGGAACACCUACAGCAGCUGGACUCCCGCAUCAGCCUGAGAUGACCCCAGCUAUGCAUGGGAAGAGCACUUUCUCCAAGAUCACUGACCACACUGGACCUUGAACUGGUUGUCUGUGGACACAGCUCUUCUCCAGUCAUAUCCUGUGAGCCUCAGGGGCCUGGCACCCGGCCCUGCCAGCUGUGGAAAGGACUCACAGCCUGUAUGUGGACAGACCCAGGCCCAGCUCUGGGCUCCUUCUGGACUGAGGUUGAUAUCAGCCCUGCUCAGCUGCUGCAGCUCUGGCAGACAGGUUGGCACCUGGUGGCAGCUGCGGUUCACCCCGGAGCCCUGGUGCAUUCUACAGGACAUUCCAGACAGCAGCGGCCAGUCCAGAGUGAAAAACUGAGACAGCCACCCAGUUCCCUGACACCCUGGGGAGAAAGUACCUCUCCAGGCUGCUGUCUGAACAGCACACACUUGGUGCUUUGAGGAGACCAGAGAGGAACCCCCCAACCCAUGUAUUCUCAAACUGAGACAGGCUGGGAUGCUGAGGCAGCUGUUCUCUGUCUGCAGGACUCACUGUUUGCACUAACUUUGCUUGCCAAGGCCAAAGCUAAGCCAGAUGCACUGGACCUUAGCUGGCAAUCAAUUGAUGGUACACUAAUGGAGGAGGGGAGGGAGAUGGACUGGGAACAUGUUUGCCUUUUUAUCUUCAUUUUCUGCAUCUCUUCACUACAUUCAAUCCCACAGGCAGGUCCAGUGUUUGAGUUUAUAUCGUGAUUACCAUUUUGGGGCAGCGACUGUUCUGGUGAUCUGACGUAUCACAAACCACACCAAAAUGUAGUGGCUUAAAACAACACACACUUUUGUUCUGCUCACACACCUGUCGUUUGGGCAGGGCUUGUUUCUGUCCCACUCAGUGUCAGCUGAGGCCAUCUGAAGGCUUGUUCAUUCUGUGCUGGCAGGUGGCUGGGAGCCCGGGUUCCUCUAAGGAACUGUCGGCAGAGGCCCCCUGUAUGUGGGCUAGUCGGGCUUCGUCAUAGCAUGGUGGCUGGGCUGUAGGCUGAUCGCCCAAAAAGGAAAAGGGUGGGGGGAGACAGGGAGAGAAAACAGACUAGUGUUGUAUCCUUUUUACAACCCAGUCUCAUGGGUCACACAGCAUCACUUCUGUCAUAUUCUUUGUCCAGGGUGACAGGAGCUGUCACUUUCCUACCCCCACCCCCACCUCAUGUGUGUGUGCACGUGCACAGACACUCACACACAGCAGAGUCUGCCCUGGUCCAAGUCUUGGCUUUUCAGAAAGGAUUUUCUUUAUGGUGUCCUAAGAUUCAGUGGAAAAGUCAUUAUUAGGGGAACACCAAGGUCAAAGCACCUUGCAGAAGGGAUUGCUUCCCUCUGCCCCUGAGCCCCACUCCAUCCUGGGAACCAUCCCUUAGCCCUGCUGGGAUUCUGCCUCAGCAAGGGCAAGCCAGGAAGGGAGUUGGCAGCUUUGCUCUCUACCCAGAGAGCUGCCAGUUCGACUAUUGUUGUUUUUCACUGGGGCAUGGCCUGCUGGGCCAGAAGCCCUGGUUUGGGAUGACUUGGCUUUGGCAGCAGUGGAAGCUGUCUAUUCAGCCCUAGUGCACUAGCCCUGAUACUCAGGGCCAAACUCAUCUCCUCUUCCCAGCAGGUGGGAAUUGGGGGUAGGGUGAGUCUGAGGGUUUGAUACUCAGCUGCCUGGUUGGCAGUUCUUGCAGAGAGGCGCGGGUCUUCCACCUUGGUAUGGCUGCAAAGGGCAUCGGGUGUUGUGACCCAGGGUUGGUUUUCUAAAUGGCUUGGGCACUACCUCUUAGUUUCCCUGCAUUUGUGGGCUUUGUGGCAUCCACAAGACUCCCAUUUGUGCAGACAGAGAGAUGAACAUCAAGCCAAUAUCUCUCCAUUCCAGGUGCCUAGCACACACCCUUGGCCAGACAAGGAGGGCACUACUGUGUGCACAGCUUUUGGUCUGUUCAGAGAGGACAAAAUGAGGUCAGAGGGUAUAAUUACUCAUAGUAAUGAUUUUAAAUGAUAGCUACAUCUAUUAAAUGAGUUGAUACAUGUAAAGCACUUACCACAGUGCAAGGGACAUAAUAAUGGCUCAAUAAAUAUUAGCAAUGAUUUAUACUUUGUGUCAGGCACCAUGCUAAGCUCUUUCCUACUCAAGAGGGACCACAGCCUUGGGCCAGCAGCACUGACUGUAGGGCUAGGUCACUUGGGCUCAAUGACUAGGUUGCCACCUGUGCAAAUUGCUUGUGCCUCAGUCUCUCAUAUGUGAAAUGUGCCUACUCAUAGUACCAUCUUCAUUAUGAGGCUACAGGAGAGUAGAGCACUAACACUGAGAAAAAGAGCCUGGCAUACAGCUCAAUCCAUGUUAGUUGUCCUCAUUUCCUAUGAAUAUGUGUUUCCCUCUUGCCUUUGCCUGGAAUGUUCUUUCUACCUCUCCACAUGACCAACUUCUCAUCCUUCAGGACUAGGUUUAAAGGAUGGCCCUUCAGGAAGGUGUAUAAGAUCACUCCAUUAAACACAGACAACUCCCCUCCUCCUGCUCAACUUUCUAACCUCACUAGUUUAUCAUUUUUACACUUAUUUGUUCUGUUGUUUGCUCUUAUCAUAGGAUGUGAGCUCCAGUAGAGCAGGUAAUUUGUCUGCUUUGUUCAUUGCUGUGCCCUUCCCCACCCUGCAAAGUGUUAGCACAUAAUAAGUGCUCAAUAAACGUUUGCAGAAUGAACAAAUACGGCUCACCA